AUGUCAAAAAAGAAACAGGUAACAUUCCAAAGUAAUAUUCCAGGAAAAUUUAUUCCAAGAGAUGAUCCACCAGCAGCAUCAGUCUUUCGUUUUGGAUCAAAUGGCAAUCGAUUUAAUUCGAGAAUGGCUGAAUUACUUGCUUCAUCAUCAUUAUCAACAACAGUAAAUAAUGAAAAUGAAUCUAUUCCAAAUACUAGAAUAUCAUUUCAAGAUAAUCCAAUAUCAUCAUCAGUUUCACCUGAAGUAACUACUAAUGAUUCAACACCUGUUCAUUCAAGAUUAAUACAUCGGCGUAUUGCAACAAUGCUUGACACAUUGAAAGGACGUGGUAGUAAUAGUGGAAGUACUUCACCGCCAUCAACGCCAAAAUCAAUACCUACGAAUAUUGAAUCUAAAACACAACCAAUCACAUUUGGACAAUUACGACAAGCAACAACAUCAUCCACACUAUCACCACCACCAUCGUCUUCUUCUUAUUCAACAGUUGUCGAAGAAAUUUCAUCAUCCAGAGUUUUAUCAACUAAUACAUCCCCUGAUUUUCUAUCGAUCCAUACGUCAGACAAACAGCCUCAUCAUACAAAUGUAACAUUAUUAAAAACUGAUAAUCGUUCAGAUUUAAUGCCAAUAUCAUCAACACCAAUAGCCAAUAAAUUACCUUCAAAACAUCAAUCAAAUAAAGCACGACUUCAUUAUUCAGCUUCACUUGAAAAAUUACUUGAACAACAUAAUGUUGUUCCUCAAAUGAUUGAAGACAGUGAAUUACAGCAAGAAGAUCAACAACAACAACAACAACAAGAACAAUCAAAACCACCAUUAACAGUAGAUGAGAUUCUAGCUACUCAUUAUUCGAAAAUUAAAAUACCAACAACUACUGAAGUACAAACAUCAACAUCAUUACAACAACAUUCAUAUCCAAAUAAUAGUUUAGGUUUUCAUCUUCAACCAUCAUCAUCAGGAUGGAAUCCAUCACAAAUCAAUCAACGUGUUACUCCAAUUCCUCAUCAACUUAAAUUAAAUGAACAAAAUAAGAAUCGACCACCACCUCCUUCCUAUUCAUUUUCUAUGUCUAAUGGUCAUCGUCCACCUGCACCAACAAAUAAUCUAGUUCAACAUUUAAUUCGUCAUCCUGUACCAUCACCAAUACGUGAAUAUGAUUAUUCUGCAUCUCAGUUAGCUCAACAGCUACUACCGGUAAAUCCAUCAAUAAUAUCUGCUUCUUCUUCGUCUUCAUCUGUUACAACAAAUACUUCUAUUCGAACUCCACCACCACGUUAUGAGUUGCCAACAACAACAACAAAUAUUGAACGUUCUCAUUCAGCAUUAUCAUCAAUGAAUCGUUCAAAUUAUUCUCAAACUAAUCCUUCACAUGCUGGUUUUGAUCGUGAAUUUUCUCGUUUACUUUAUGGUAAAGAUGGUGGAAAAAAAAGUCAUCAACGACAAAAACGUAAAUCACUCAGUGAUCCAGUGAAAAAAAGUGUUGAAGAAGCAGGUCGAUCAGUUGAAAAAACUCAUCGUCGAUUAACAAAUCAUUUACAUAAAAAUGAUAUAGUUAGAGAAGAAGAAGAAACAAGUAGUGAUUCAAAUGAAAUUGAUAAACAAAGUCGUAGUUUAUUUCCACAACGACAUUUUCAACGACAAUCAGAUCUUAUUGUAAACAAUCGAGAAUUUGCUAAAAAACCUAUUGUACCUCCUAAUCCAUUUAUAACAAAACCAAUUCCACAAUUUUUAACUGUUUAUUCUCAAGCAUCAUCAUCGAAUGAUAUUCUUCUACAAUGGCAAUUAUUUAGUUUAUCAGAUCUUGAAUCAUUUGAUGCAAUGAUGACAAGAUUAUAUAAAGAUGAAAAUUUAUUGCGUGUUAAACUUUAUGAAAUGUAUCGUACAUUACUUACAUCAGUAUUAAUAUCGAAAACAUCAUCAAAUAAAAUUGAUCUUAAAAAUAAUAUUAAUGAUGAUGAUGAUUCAAUAACAACAACAGCUUUGUAA